CUCAUGAUCGUAAGGUGCGGGGCUUGGGACGAGUUUUUUCGGUUCUGGGAGUCACCUCCAUGCCAAUCGAACCUCCGGCCAGGGGUCUGGUGUGCUGGCGAUGGGCGGUGCGGCACACAUGACCCGACAAUCUUUGAAUUCAGCCACUGCGACGCGGACGGGAUGUAUGUCCGCAAGGACUGCCGGAUAGCCAACUCCCCUCCGCCGCCAUCCCCGCCGCCUCCCCCACCGUCACCUCCACCGCCAAUGCUCGAGUCUAUACCGCCACAGCCCUCACCAACAGUACCCGUCCCCGUGGCGGCGCAAUCUAUUGAUGAGGGAGGAAAGAGCUCUUGGGGUCAGCAGAGCCAACUGGAGCAACUAGGCCAGCCGGAGGCGCUAGCGCAGGCAGACGCGAGCAACGGCACCACGAACGUAGAGCUUGUGCCUGCCUACAAUGUCAUCGCUGGCUUCCUGUUGUUGCCGUGGAUUGUCCGUUGGCCGUCCAAGAUGUGGAUGAUUAUUAUCUUCAUCUCUGUCUUGCUCGUGCCAGCCGCGACGUUGCUAUGCUACUAUUUCGCUUGCGUCCAUGCGGGACGCUCCUCUGAACGCCGCGGUACCCUCGUCCUCUCGGAGGACGAGGUCCCGGACUUUGACGAGGCUGCGGAAUUCAAGCCUACGAUGCAGCACCAGCCUUACAGUGGGAAGAUCUAGAGCGUAGAGGUAGAGCACUCAGAUGACAGAUCUCAGUGUCAGUCCAAUUUUAGGAGCUGGGUUGAUGUGC